AUGGAUGUCCAUAAUGCUUUUCUCCAUGGUGAUCUCGAGGAGGAAGUGUACAUGAGACUAUCACCAGGUUUUAAAUGUUCUGACCCUUCCAAGUAUGUCGUCUCCGUCAAUCCUUGUAUGGUCUCAAACAAGCCCAUAGAUGAUGAUUACUCAUUGUUCACCUACCGAAGUGGUGAUAAGAUUAUCCAUAUUCUCGUCUAUGUAGAUGAUUUCAUUUUUGCUGGGAAUGAUCUUGCUGCUCUCAAUAGUUUUGAAGCUCAGCUUCACCAAUGUUUUCACAUGAAAGAUCUUGGUAAGUUGAAAUAUUUUUUGGGUAUUGAAGUCUCUCGCGGUCCUGAUGGUAUUUGUCUCUCUCAACGAAAGUAUGCGUUGGACAUCAUUAACGAAGCUGGAUUGCUCGGUUGUCAGCCAUCUGCUGUUCCCAUUGAACUUAACCAUCAUUUAGCUUCUGAUAAGGGCCUGAUGCAUGAUCUCGCACAAUAUAGACGUCUUUUUGGACGUUUUAUCUACCUCACUAUCACUAGACCUGAUUUGUGUUAUGUUGUUCAUAUUCUUUCCCAGUUUAUGAAAUCUCUGCGUGCAGCUCACUGGGAUGCUGCUCUUCGCCUUGUUCGCUAUCUUAAAGGCUCUCCUGCGCAGGGUAUCUUACUUCGCUCCGACAGUGCGAUUGUUGUUUCUGCUUACUGUGACUCUGGUUACAACGCCUGUCCGCUCACGCGUCGCUCUCUCUCUGCUUAUGUUACCGAUUUGGGGGACUCUCUGAUCCCGUGGAAGACAAAGAAGCAAGACACUGUUUCAUCUUCUUCAGCUUAA